UUGACUACAUUCAACAAAAUUCCACACGCCACUCCAAGGUAAAUAAAGUUAGUAGAAGCAAAGUCAAAACAAAAGAAAACUCUAUAAUAAAAAGUUAAAAACACAUAUAUUCUGAAGAGAGAGAGAAUGGAGGAGGGAUUGUUAGCAGAGAGGAGCAGGAGAUGGAGAGAAAUAAGAGAAGAGAUGAAGAGAUUGGGGCAUAUAGCAGGGCCUAUGGUGGCUGUGAAUCUAUCUUUCUACUUGCUUCAAGUUAUAUCACUCAUGAUGGUUGGCCAAUUAGGUGAACUCGCUCUCUCCGGCACCGCCAUCGCCCUUUCUGUCGCCGGUGUCACCGGCCUCAGCCUUCUCUUGGGAAUGGCGAGUGCUCUAGAGACGAUAAGUGGACAAGCGUUUGGAGCAAAGCAAUACGAGAAAAUAGGAACUCAGACUUACACUGCCAUCGUAUCUCUUAUCCUAGUUUGCAUCCCGGUAUCCCUUCUGUGGGCAAACGUCGAGUACCUACUCAAACUGGGUGGCCAAGAUCCUCAUAUAUCACACGAGGCAGGAAAAAUGGUAGUGUGGCUCAUUCCCACGCUCUUCGCGUACGCCUUCCUUCAGCCUCUCAUCCGCUACUAUCAAAUGCAAAGCCUGAUCCGUCCCUUGCUAGUGAGUUCGUGCAUCACUCUCUGCUUCCACGUGCCUCUCUGCUGGGCUCUGGUUUAUAAGUCCGGGUUGGGCAACGUUGGAGGCGCGGUCGCCAUGGAUCUUUCAAUGUGGUUGAAUGUCUCUAUCCUGAGUUUGUACAUGAAAUACUCCCCUCAUUGCGCAAAAACUCGUUCUUCGAUUUCAAUGGAGAUUUUACGAGGGAUGAGAGUGUUUUUCAAGUUUGCAAUCCCUUCUGCUACCAUGAUUUGUCUUCAAUGGUGGUCGUUUCAGCUAAUGAUCUUGCUUUCUGGGCUAUUUCCAAAUCCGCAGCUUGAAGCCUCGGUGCUUUCUGUGUGCUUAAAUACCGUUGAAACACUUUAUGCCGUACCCUAUGGUUUGGCUUCGGCAGCAAGCACUCGAAUAUCAAACCAGCUGGGAGCCGGGAGACCACAGGGGGCGCGUCUAUCUCUCAUUGCUCUAUUGAUCCUUGCAGCAGUGAAUGCAUUCGUCGUGAGCCUAGCCAUCUUCCUCAGUAGGAAUGUUUUCGGCUAUGUUUUCAGCAAUGAGAAGGAAGUCGUGGACUACGUGACAAGGAUGGCUCCUCUCGUGUGUUUAUCAAUCGUAGCAGAUUGUGUGCAAGGAGUCCUUUCAGGUGUUGCAAGAGGUUGUGGGUGGCAGCAUAUUGGUGCUUACAUCAAUCUUGCUGCAUUUUAUCUGUUUGGACUACCAAUUGCAGCUGUAUUGGGUUUUUGGGUGGAUUUGAGGGGAAAGGGGCUGUGGAUUGGAGUGGUGUGUGGCUCGACGCUGCAGUGUUUGAUGCUCUCGGUUAUUACAGCUCUCACGGACUGGGACAAACAGGCAUCAGAGGCAAGGGAGAGGUUAAUACAUGAGGAGGCUGUGAAUGAUGAUAGGCUGUUAACAUGAAGAUAAAUGAAUUCAAAUUUCCAAUCAAAUGUUGUAGUUGUAAGAUUUAUGGGAUUUUUCCAAUUUUGAUUUGGAUGAUUCAUUGUUAACCAACUUUAUAUAUCAAGCUGGUAUGGUAAUCUAUAAAUUUGAGCACUA